CCCCCCUUGGUCUCUGUGCUAAGCUCUCUGAAUGGUUGCUUGGGUCUGUUCUUCUGAGCUUGCCUUUGUUGCUCGGCCGCCCUCUGCCGGUCAGGUUGCGAAGUGACAAGAAGGCAUAGUUGGUUACCCUGGUGGGAACGCGUCGUCGUUUUAUUCCUUUCUGUCGCGUGCCGUGUCGCAAGGAUAGCAAGACGUAUUACGAUUCAUUAUUGUUGCUGCCUAGGACUAGGCCACUGAAGGGAAAUGAACUGGAGGUUGCAUUUCAGAGUCUCUGCAGGGAAAACUGUGCUUCAGACUUCCAGUUUACAGAGAUUAAUUGGAUGUAAGUCUCUGGAUCUCUGGAUGUAUGCCCAGCGUCAGCAUUUUAGAAAUUCUUCCAGUCUGACAGCCAGCAAAAAUCUUCCCUUAAUUCCAUUAAGAUCUGCCCUCUGCUUUCCUCAUGGAAAACAUUUGCUGCAGAAGACUUCAGAAAGUAGCUUAAAAAAUGCAACAGUCUUGUCUGGGAUAAGGACCCAGGGAGUAAGGUUCUUCUCCCUAUCCACACUCUCAAGCGUGUUUUUUGGAAUUGGCCAAGGAGGAAAUAAUGGUGGAAAUAAGAAGCUCAGCCUUAGAGAUGUGAUGGAACGCAUCCGGAAGAAAGAAUGCUGUAGGAUAGUAGUGAUGGCUGGAGCAGGACUCAGUACCCCGAGUGGGAUUCCAGAUUUCAGGUCUCCUGGGAGUGGACUAUACAGUAACCUUCAGCAGUAUAAUAUUCCAUACCCUGAAGCCAUAUUUGAACUUAGCUACUUUUUCCAGAAUCCCAAGCCUUUCUUCAGGUUAGCUAAGGAGUUGUACCCUGGCAAUUACAGACCAAACUAUGCUCAUUAUUUUCUUCGACUUCUGUUUGACAAAGGGCUCCUUCUGCGCCUCUACACACAAAAUAUUGAUGGGCUGGAGAGAGUUGCUGGGAUUCCUCCAGAUAAACUAGUUGAAGCUCAUGGCACAUUUGCUUCUGCUACAUGUACUGUCUGUCGAAGAACAUAUUCAGGAGAAGAUUUCAGGGGGGAUGUGAUGACUGACAAAAUUCCCAAAUGCCCUGUUUGCACUGGAGUGGUCAAGCCUGAUAUUAUAUUCUUUGGAGAAGAGCUCCCUCACCGGUUCUUCUUGCAUUUGACAGACUUUCCUAUGGCAGACCUGCUUUUUAUCGUUGGAACCUCCCUUGAGGUGGAGCCCUUUGCUAGUCUGGCAGGAGCUGUCCGUGGUUCUGUGCCCCGUGUUCUGAUCAAUCGAGACCUGGUGGGGCCAUUUGUGGUCCAGUCACAGCACAAUGAUGUAGCUGAACUGGGAGAUGUAAUCAGUGGAGUGGAAAAAGUGGUAGAACUGUUAGGCUGGAAAGAGGAGUUACAGGAACUAAUAAAAAAGGAAAAAGAAAAGCUGGAUAUAAAGGAGAAAUAGAAGUGUAUUCUCUACUUUUGAGAAGAUUUCACUCCUCAAAAAGUAACAUAUGCCUCAACCAAAGUUUAUAGUGAUAAAUUCACAGAUUGGGGUGAAACGAUGGAGUAUUUUGUUCACCUAGUAGGUAACGGUAAGAACUAUCUGGAGAUAGUAAUUUAACUCCUUGGACAUUUUUGAGGCCUCAGAGCAGGGCUUGUUCUCAAGCCUCUUUAGGAAAUGAAAAUAAUUUGAUGAAGACUAAACCUUUGAUCCCAGUGACCAACCCAGAUUGGAUCCUGCAAAUAAUUUGAAUUUAAUUUUCUAUGAAGACAAACUGUAAACAUUUUCAAUGUAACUGCUACCUCCCUUUUAGAAGGCAUUAAUUCCCCCCCCCUUUUUUUUUUUACCUUUUUCACUUGGAUUAUUUCUGAGUCAUUUAAAAAGUAUCACAGAUCUGGGGUGUUUUAGUCAGAGCCUCAACAAGAGUAUUAUUUCAUUCAUUCUGAAUCCACAAUUUUCUGACGACUUGGAAGAAAUCAAUAUUGGGAGUGCAGUUUUUAUCAAAAAGUGAAUUCCAAUUUUAUUUAUUUAUCAACAUGUAAAGAAAAAGUUCUUAAAAUAAUGUGUAUAUUAAUUCUCAGAUAAUCACUUAUGUAACUUGAAAAGAUAACUUGUUUAUGCAUCAACAUUUCUAGUAAGAACUAGCAUAUACAGGAAUCCUUUACUGCUGCUGGAUGAAUGUGUAGCAUUUGCAACUACAGUUAAAUUUAAAGCAAAAUAAAAUCUAUUUUAACAAUAACUCAGUAUUUCUUUUGACUAAUUAAAGCUUUUAUUCUCUGACCUUGAUUUUAUUUAAUACUUAUAUUUCAAAUACUUUGGUUUCAUCAAUCCAUCAAACCAUUCAACCAUUGGUUGAAUCCAUUCAGCAGAUUCAACAUCAGUUAACUAGUUUCCUGUAUGUUAUCCUCUUAAAAGAGAUGGUGGUGUGCCUUUAAGAAUUUUUUGUUUCAUUUUAUAGUAGUCAUUACCAUAAGUGAAGAGCUCUUCAGAAAUUUGUUGAUAAGACUACAACUCUCAACAGCUUUAGCCAAAAUAGGCUAAGGUAAAAAAAAAUGCUUUGAAAUGUAAUCCAGCAAAAUCCGAGGAAAGUCACAAAAUCCCCUUUCCUGCCUCAUGUUAUCUUCAUAAACUGUGACAAAUUCUCUUCUAAUCCAAAUUAGCAGUGGCUGAAAGAUCAAUAAGCCAGGUUAGAUCUUCCAAACAAACUAUCACUACAGAUUGAGCAUAUACCAUAUUUUUUGGAGUAUAAAAUGCACUCCCCCCCCACCAAAAAUAGUGGGUGGAAAUGUCUGCAUCUUAUAGAGCGAAUACGGGCCUGUUUUUGGCCUCCCAAACCCUCCGCAUGUCCUGUUUUUGCCCUCCCUGGCAUCCAGAGGCACUCUGCAGACCAAAAAUGGGACGUGCGGAGGCAAAAAACUAUUUUUUGUUCUUGGUUUCAUCCUCUAAACCUAGGUGUGUCUUAUGGUCCAGUGCAUCUUAUAGUCUGAAAAAUACAGAUAAUUAAUGAAAUUGAUAUUUUGUUCUUCCCUUAUCAA